AUGGAGAGACAGAGGAAAGAAAUAUUAAUUAAACUCUCCUUGGUGCAAUGCAGCAGGUUGCUUAUGUUUGGAUCCUAUGAAAGAGAAACAAAUGUUCAUUGUACAAUGGAGCUGAGCAGUAAUGUUUGGGAAGAAAAAUCAAGGAGUUCUAUUAAAACGGCAGAACUAGUGAAAGGGAAUCUACAAAGCGUUGGGCUCACGCUCCGCCUUGUGCAGUCCAAGGAAGAAGAUGCAGGGCAUGUUGUUAUUGAAACUGUGACUCCAAACUCACCUGCUGCAGCUGCUGAUCUACAGAGGGGAGACAGACUUCUAGCAAUUGGCAGUGUUAAAAUCACAUCAACUGUCCAAGUGUUGAAACUUAUCAGACAGGCUGGGGACAGAGUUUUAGUCUUUUAUGAAAGGCCUGUUGGGUAUAAUCAGCAUGGUUCAGCGCUGCAGGAUGGAUUUGGACAACUGGAAGACUCUGCUUUCUUGACACAGCCAGAAGAUGACCAAGCUAGUUUAUCAGCUGAUGUUGACAACAGAGACUUUGAUUCAGAAUUUGAGGACUUAGCUUGUGAAUCACCUGACCAAAAAGAAGAUCUGCCAACAACUCCGAGUCCCAAACGUUCAGUAGUAAUACUUGCGGCUAAACCACUUGGAACUAUAUCUCCCAUUCUGAAUCGAAAGCUACACUUAGGAAGUUAUCAGGCAACAUCAAAAACGCAACAAAAAGAUGGAGCUAAAGUGGCAGCGCUCAAAACGAUUGAGGGUUCAGAUGCAUCACAGCAAUUGGUUAAACAAGCGCAAGGAUCCAGUACUAAGCCUCCUGUGCCACCUAGGCCACAAAGUAAGCCUAUUUUGCCUACGAGUGAAACUCAAAAUCUGUUGGAAACUGGAGGUGUAUCUUCUGAAAAACCAGAGAGGCCACCUCCACCUACAAAUAACGGAGACAAAUGUACAGAGAAGGUCGUAAAGAAUAGUGAUCAAGUAGAAGACACAACGGUAUCAAAAGUAAUAACAGCACCAAAACAAGAUACUUUAAAAGAUGGACUUUCAGAAAAUGCGCGUAGUUACAAAGAUAGUGGAGAUGAUCAUCGAACAUGGGAAUCACCAGAAAUUCCUUAUAAAACCCGGCAAGGCCGAUGGCCAAAGACAAGAACAUCUUCCUGUCUGUUUGAAGUAGAAGGAUACCAUAAGUACCUUAAUGUUGCACUGUGGUGCAGAGACCCUUUCAAAGCAGGUGGUUUUAUCUGCUUAGGAUAUGCAAGCAUAAAACUUGAAGAAAUUGCUUUAGAUUGUUUAGCUACAUCCUCAAUGGAAUAUAGUAGAACAUUUAAACUGGAUGCUCCUACACCUAAAGCAGCAGUCACUAGAACAGCAUUGCGUAAUUUGACAACCCAUAAGGGAUUCAAUGAGAAAUUUUGUUAUGGCGAUGUAACUUUACACUUUAAAUAUUUAAAAGAAGGUGAAAUAGAUGAUUCAAACUUUCUCCUGGAGAAAGAAAAGGAGUGUCAUUUGGAAGAAGAAGCUCGUGCAGCUCAGAAAGAGGAUCCUUACUCGGGACAAAUUGUUCUUACGGAGAACAAGCAUAACUUUCAAGAUACUCAGUUUCACAAUCCAACUUGGUGUGAUUACUGCAAAAAGAAAGUAUGGACUAAAGCGGCUUCUCAGUGCAUGUUCUGUGCUUAUGUUUGCCAUAAAAAAUGUCAAGAAAAAUGUCUAACUGAGACGCCCUUUUGUGUAGGAGCUGAAAAGCGACUUGAACGAACUGUGGGAGGUUGUAGAGCAGAAGGACAGGAAGCUCCCCAAGCUGCAUCCUCCUCUCGUGUUGAUUCAGAAUCUAAGUCUGUUAACAGAACUACAGGUCUGACCAGGCAUAUCAUCAAUACGAGCACCCGUUUGUUAAACCUUCGUCAAGUCCCCAAAGCUCGCCUUGCUGAGCAAGGAACAGAGGUGGUAGAACCUUCACCAAAGCACACACCCAACACUUCUGACAAUGAAAGUAGUGAUACUGAAAUCAGUGGGCCAAGCAGUCCUUCAAAACGUGCAGCAGGUACUGGGAUAAAGUUGGUCCGAAAGGAGGGUGGUCUAGAUGACAGUGUCUUCAUUGCAGUUAAAGAAAUCGGACGUGAUCUCUACAGAAGUUUACCUACAGAGGAGCGUUUCCAGAAAUUAGAAUUUAUGUUGGAUAAGCUGCAGAACGAAAUAGACCAGGAGCUGGAAAAUAAUAAUUCACUUGUUAAAGAAGAAAAAGAGACGACCGAUGCAAGGAAAAAAAUCUUGAUUUCUGCUGCGCUGGCUAAGUCGGGUGAAAGACUGCAGGCCCUGACGCUGCUGAUGAUCCACUACAGAGCAGGCAUCGAGGAUAUCGAGUCUUUGGAGAACAUGUCAUUAGAGCGGCAGUCCAAAAGAGUGACUAAAGAUUCAGAGGAAUCCAGUAUAGCAGAAGAAAUGGAUAACGAAGAUGUCAGUCUGACAGAGGCUCCAACAUUCAACAUCAUAUCAGAAGAACCAGUUGAUCCACCUCAAUCAGUAGACUGA